AUGUCCAGCGAACAAUUUGACAACGUACUUUUUUCGCUAGCUCAGCAACUUCCAGGAGGAGUUCCUCAGCUUCUUGAUGUUAUUUUCGAAUUUCUUUCGAGAAAGACCGAUUUUUACAGUGGUGCUGGGAUUGAACAAGCAAAAACACUGCUUCUCGAAAAGUUUGAUAAGCACAGCAUCAAAGCUUUAAAAGAAGCUGAAGAGGCUAAAAAACGAAAAGAAGAACAAGAAAGAAAAUUGGCUGAAAGAAGGGCUGCUCAAAAAGCAAAAGAAGAGGAAGAAUUCAGAAAUUCAUCGAAGGUUGUUGAAAUAACCGAUGAGGAAGCUGCUGAAUUCGAAAGAGCUAAAAAUCAAUCAACCUCUGCUUCUGUGAAUGGUUCUUCCAGUGGAACCUCACAAUCUGAUGAGAAAAAAGACGAUGAGGAUGAGGAAGAUAGCAGUCUGAUGAAACCGAAUUCUGGAAACGGCGCUGAUUUAGAAAAAUUUCAAUGGACACAAACAUUGCAAGAAGUUGAAGUUCGAAUUCCAUUGAAUGCCUCGUUUUCAGUUAGAAGUAGAGAUGUUGUUGUGAAAAUUGAGAAAACCAAAGUGUCUGUUGGACUUAAGGGUCAAACACCGAUUGUUGAAGGAAAUUAUCGAGCACCGGUAAGAAUUAAAGAUUGAGUGAUGGGAAAAAAAGAAAUUAAAAUUUACAGAUCAAAGUUGACAAUUCAAGUUGGGUUAUUGAUAAUGGAAAAGCUAUUGUUCUAACAUUGGAAAAAGUGAAUGAUAUGGAAUGGUGGAAUCGUUUCCUUGAAACGGAUCCAGCUAUCAAUACCAAGAAAGUUCAACCAGAAAAUUCGAAAUUGAGUGAUUUGGAUGGAGAAACAAGAGCGAUGGUUGAGAAAAUGAUGUAUGAUCAGAGACAAAAAGAAAUGGGUUUACCAACUUCUGAUGAGAAAAAGAAACAAGAUGUUCUCAAAAAGUAAGUUCCUCACUAUAUUUUUAGACAUGGUGUAAUAUUACAAUUUUCAGAUUCAUGGAACAACAUCCUGAAAUGGACUUCUCAAAUGCAAAAAUCAAUUGA